GGCCACACGUUCUCCAGUGGGACCGCAGUCGCAUCCCCGAGUUUCAUUGAGUCGGUAACAAACUAACAAAGCAAAAAUAGAGUCUGUCCUAACACAACGUGAAAGUGACUAUCCGUUCAUCAGUUCCUCUGUCUCCCGGCUCAGGGGCUAAUAUCAUGUCGCCGUCCAGGAGCCUCUUCUUCGCCCUUGCUUUUGCCGGAGUUUUAUGGAGUUGUGUUCUCUGCCUCCAACGACCUCCACCGAGAUAUUCGCAACAAUAUAUGCCAGAAACCUCCUUUACCUGUCGCAAUAAAAUUGUAGGCAGCUAUUACGCCGACCCGGAGACUGACUGUCAACUUUUCCACGUUUGUGUAUCCGUUGCUGGAAGCAUCCAAGAUUAUCGAUUCCUGUGUCCGAAUGACACAGCUUUUGAUCAGGAGAGUCAAACCUGUGCUGAUUGGUACGAUGUAGAUUGCGAGGCCGCAACAUUAUACUACGCCAGUGACAACUUUGACCUAUACAGAAUAGGUUCAGGUUUAGAAUCUCUUCACUUCGACAGUAUCCGCAGUGAUGCUGAACCUCAAGAUCAUCUUCAGCGCAGUGAGACCAGCGACGCAGUUCGAUCUUCUGCAAACGCCCUUAACAGAGUAGCCGCAACUAGUUUCAAGGACACCAGUAACAAGGACAUCCUUCGCGGAAGCAGCAGCAGCAACUACUUCAACAACAGAAACAACGCCAAGGACGAUGAUUAUGAAAACGAUAAAACCUAUGACAAGACUACUCAGGAACCCAGGAAAAAGUCUGGAGUCAGAAAAAUCAGCAGGAAACAACAGUAUAGUGGAAACAACGGAAACAGCUACACACCCACAUCAGCGCCGGUAACUCAAACCACUGGCAACUACAAUUCAAAUGUGAACUACUACAGUGACAAAACUUAUAACCACAACCAAAGAAAUUUCAAUGCACCAACAACCACCCAACGUCCAUCCUCUGCUCAAGACACUUUCAAGAAUACUCAGAAGUACACUAACCCAACAACUAGCCGCCCAAGCUCAACUUUUAGUUAUUCUACCUAUACCACUACGACCUACAGACCGAUUACCAAUUACCCAGAAGGCUUUACUGGAUUCCCGAUUAUACCCAGCACCACUGCUAAGACUACAACCACCGACAGCGACACCGACAACUAUAAUACUGGUUUGGGCAGUAGCAACUUUCGUCAAUCUAGUGAAACAACACCAAGACCUUCCAUUUUUAACAGCAACAAGAAUUUCUUCAAUCCUUCCACCUUUACUGGAACUUUCUCUCAAUCCACGACCGUUCAACCAAGCACGAAUUAUCAGUCAAGUGACUUUGGUAACUACCAGAGAAACUACAACAAUAUACAACGCACCAGCAGUACUGGAUUCCCAUCGUCAACAAAUGCCCCAACCUUUUUUGAUACCUUCAGUAGCAAUACCAACAAUGGCCAGCACAAAUCCAGAUCAAACUCUCCUUCAACAAUAAGACAAGACUUUACUCAGACCACUAAAUUAUUUUCGAACAACUACUCUGGCAACAGCUAUGCACCAACAACCUACAGUCCAAUUACGAAGAAGAAUGUUAAUGUCAGAGGUGGAGACCGUUAUAGCUUACAGUCGUCUUCCAAUGAUGAUGGUCAUUACAGAAAAAAUGAGAAUACCCGACAGUCCUCGAAUGAUGACGGACAGUACCGAAAAAGUGAAAACAAUAGGCAGUCGUCGCAUGAUGAUGGUCAGUACAGAAAAAGUGAGAGCAAUAGGUAUUCCCAAACUCGCGAUAAUGUACAAUACAAUGAAAAAUCAAGCCACAGCAAACCUACCCAGUACUACGACUCAACAAAGAUACCCAAGAAAGUCACUCAGUACAAUAAUUAUGAUGCAGGAAAUACUGGGAAGUACUAUGAAACCAGCACUGCUAACUACGAUUUUGGUAGGUCUGCUGGCAUUGGAUUCAGUCCAUCAAGCAUCAAUCAUUUAGCUGAAACACCCAGAUCUACAACUCCUGUUCCAAGGAGAAAUGGAGCACCAACUACCUAUAACCCAAACAGCUAUAAUGCUAACACUCAAAAACCCGCUCAAUCUCAAACAACUUCCCGAGGAACAACUUACGUUAGUAAUUCUGCUAGGCCAUUUUCAACAACCACAAGAUUUGCAGAUAUCACAACUGUGAAACCCGUUAAAUCCGGAAAAAAGAACGACUAUGAUUAUGCUUACUACGACAACGCUGGAGCUUUGGAAUAUGAUGGUCUCGAACUUGAACACGUAACCGGAAGCAAAGAGUCUUCAAAAAUUUCAAGAUCUUAAGAACCUUUUUUAAAAUUUUUUAAUUAACAAAAAAUUCUCCAAAUUUAAUAUUGUCCCAGCCAUAAUCAACAAAGAGAUAAAAUUUCCAACCACUAUUUCAUCAAUAAUCCAACAACUAUUCAUUUAAGAAUAGAAGACUAUUAGUUUAAGUACAAAUCUAAAUUAAUGGUAUGAUUCGGUCAAAUUCAAAUAUUGAAUCAUCAAUCGCAAGUUGUUCGUAAACAACGCAUAAUAUUGGAUAUUGCACAAAUUAUGUGAUUAUAAUUUUUCCAUAUAAAAUGUCUCGAAUCUUGCUUGUUCCUGAAGAACUUGGGUGAUGAAUGAUUACUAUUUACAAAGAGGCCAGUGAGCCACGGAGGGCAGAUUUUCUCUUCAUGAGAAACAUUAAGUAUUCUCAGUUAUAACAAAAAUCAAUCUUUCCUUUAAAUGAUUGAUGAAAUUAAUCUUCAAAAGUGAGUAAAUUAUUUUUGCCAGAAGUCUUAUAAAUAAUUGAUCCUCUGGUUCAAUGUUUACUUUUUUGUAGUAAACGAAAAUUUUUAUAAGCUGAGAACGCCUAAUCAGAAUUUGGUAAAGAGGACUGAUUUCUGUUGGUAACGGAAACGCAAAAAAUAUAUUCCGUUUGAUUUAAAUGCGUAUGAUAUGUUUGUUGACUCUUUUAUAUGCAGGAUGAGUUUGCUUUUUCAAUUAUAUACAGGCCUAAUUACUUAAGCUCUGUGGCCUAAAUAUUCUCGUCAGUAUUUUAACGGGGAGCGUAAAGUAUCGUAUGGGAUACACUAAUAUUAACAUUGGCGUUUACGUGAAAUUCUGUUCCUUGUUAUCAAGUGAAAUGUUUUUGUAGGUGUAUAUAUUAUAGGAACUGAAAGACCCCAAUACGAGUAUAAGAUUGAAAUUUAAUAAUACGCAUUAUGCGUUAUUAUACUAUCUAUAUUUUUUACGAACUGAGUGUAUAUAUUAUAAUUAUUACAAUUCUUUAAAAUGCAUUAAAUGCAUCGAAAACAAUACCAUUGCCUAAUUUUACCCUACCUUUAACUUCUCCUGAUUAAUGAAGCUUCAUCAAAAUUGGUGACCAAUUAAUUACGGCUGGCGUGGGACAGCGAGGGAAUAACAUAUUGUCACUUUGAAGCAUAUAAGAUAAAUAAUCAAAUGUAAUCCGAUAUGAUCCAAUCAAACUAUGAUUAGAGUUGAAACACGCGGGUCAACUCACACAUGUCACAUACAAAACAUGUAGUUAAUUUUUUAAGUUAGCCCAGAUGUUGGCUCUGGGAGCUUAAUGAAGAUGUAACCGGAGGUAUAUGUCGCCCGACUCGUUACUUUCCACAACACCAGACGCCGAUUGAGUCGGUAAAAUCAAUUCACUGGUCACUAUUAAUGUACUACUUAUCACUUCCCUUAAUGAUAACCUGAAGGAGGCAUCAGCACGAGGCACACAAUCACUUAUUUAAGUUAAGAACACUUUUCAAGAACAGUAUUUGAUAAGAACAGUAAUAAGACCUAAGAAAGCAUGAGUCGCAACUAGAACCGAUAAUCAACAUGAAUUUAUGUAAUGUAGCGCGUGAAACUUCAUCUCAUUAAGAGGUCACAAGUUCCCUGUACGAAAGUAAAAACGGAACUGAAAAAAGAAAGCCAAUGGAGCGAGCCACAAUGACAACAACACUACCGCUUCAUACACGCGUUCGCAAGGUCACGAGCGAUGUACACAAAGAAAAGUGACCAUGCGGAACAAUAGCUUCAGAGACAAACUCCAAACAUUCACAAACCUUAUUAGGAAUAAUAAACAUUUUUCAAUGAUAAACUUGAUUAAAAUCUUAACUAAAUUAAAUUGAAUAGGCUCAAAAAGUAUUACCAUCUUGCCCACCUCGUUCUGUGGACAUAAUAAAUUAAAAUUGAAUCUUAUAUGUGAAAAAUACAAAUUUCUUAAAAAAUAAAUUAAAGUCAGGUGGGCGAUUGAUUUAGAAAUCUAAAACAAUAUAAAGACUCAAAAUGGUCCCCGCCCGCCUUGAAGCAUAAACUUGCAAAGACCAACAUCUAAUGAAACAAGAUUGUUUCCAUCCGCCACGAAAGACCAAGCUGGAAAGAGCAGCACGUAACUAGACGACGUAUUUGCCGCCCGCUAUGAGAUACCAUGCCACACAAAAACUAAUAUAACCCGUAACAACAUUUAAUAUGUCGUUGGCAACAAUAUAGUCUGACAGUUAACUGCCGCAUAAGCGUGAUGUUGCCGUGUAAACAGGUAACUUGGUUUCAGUCCUCAGAGGACAAAUUUGAUAAGCAGAUUCCAACUUAUGUGCUAGGAUCUUAAAAGCUGUGAGAAUGUAUCGUACAAGAUGAUAGCUUGAUCAGGUACCAGGAACAUCCAUCUGACAGCUCGUGAUCAAAGCUGCAUUGCAACGUUUUGCGGAGGCAUGUCUCCCAGGAAUAGAUCAUCACGGGGAAUUUCUUGCGAAUAAGAUACAGAGUCACAGAUCAUCCUUCCAUAACUAACUCAGUACGUACCAAGUCAUUCCUGAGUUUCAGCAGCGGAGCAAUAUAGACAGCCCCGCGUCAUCCACGGAUGAUCGGCAAUUAAUAAUUGCAAUUAAUAAAGCAAUUAAUACUCGAUGCUUCGCUUGAUGCUAAUCUGAUGAUAUCUUGGUCACCAUAGCUUUGUGUCACCAAAUGCAAACUUGAUCUCCGUGACAGAGAGUUAGGCAGUGUUUAUAUUAACAUCUAUUAGUCACCUAAAAAGAGGCAAAAUUGGAAAGAGAAAGUGGUUCUUUGAAAAGUAUUUGAAAACAAGUAAUGUUACUAGUGAUAAUAGUGAGAGUCACUAAUAAUAAAAAAAAGUUCAUCACCGUCCACUUUAACUUGUCAAUAUAAACUGCGACGCAACUUUACUGGCAACAAAAGUCAAGAUAAGAGCGGCAACGGUCGCAAUUUCGAAUCUGGAUUUGAAUUCUACCAGUACGGAGAUUUCUUUAGAUCCUUCAAAGAGGCCUUUAAAAUAAACGAUGAUAUAAGGUUACUUACACUCAAAAAAAGACCUACAAAUAUAAGUAAAAAAGACGAUUUGAAGGGAAGUUUACGAAAGAUGAAUGCGGACGUCGUUUUAAUGAAUCAUAUUAUCAGAGGCGUAUGUGCAAAGGGGAAGUGAUUUCAAUAUCAUGAAUCAUCUACUCAAAAAGCGCCAUUUGCGGUGUUUUUCUUUUGUUGUACACUUUUUACCAACAUGUAAAGCGCUUUAAUUUUGGGUGGUUGCAAUUAUUAAAAUCAUAUGAAUGUACUAUUUGACAGCGAGACAUGGGCCUAUCAAGAAAAUGAUAAGAGUAAAGUUACCACGAAUGAAAUGACUGCGCAUAAUAUGAGGGAAAACUCUUAUGGAUAAAGUGAAUAACGAAAUAAUUCAGAAAGAAUGUGGUUCAGAAGAAAUACGAGUUGGUACAUGGGAAAGAAGUUGGUUAAGAUCGUUUGGAACGUUGAGAGGAUGACAAAUGGACGACUAACGAAACAAAUGUAUGAAGGUAAAGUAAAUGAUAUCGUGUCCAGAGACAGACCGCGGAAAUAAUGUUUAGCAUGUCUAAAUGAGACCCUAGUUAGAAGAGACAUAAGAAGCCACAGAAACACGAGAGUUUGCAUGAAAAAAUGCAUGAACGUGAAAGAAGCUAGAGAAGUAUGCCAGGGCAGAUAAGUAUGGCGGUAAAUAGUUAAUAAAAGGAGGGUCAGUAGAGUGAAUGACGAAUGAAACAAAAGACCGUGGAUACUAAUAGACUCAAGUGGGGGAUCUCACAUGAGGACUUUGUGAAGCUCUUCACUUGGGGUGAUUGCUAAAGAGAUUUAUUAGCAACCUAGAUCAAAGCAGUGUUGCGGAACAAACCUAUUAUUUAAAUGAAUAACACGAGAAUUCAAGACCAAUUUAAAAACUAUAUAACUCCUGCCUCACAUUACUCCCUUCCCCAUCGAGUGAGUCGCGCCUACCCCGAAAGGGAAAUGGUUCAAAACGGUUAAAAUAUUGUAACGCUACACUGAAAAAAAUGGUAUAGCUGUUCUAGCUAGAAAUAUAUUGCUGAGGAGAUAUAGCUGAAUAGAAACCGUCUGUCUUCCGCAGACAGAAAAUGUACAAAUAAUUCUGUCAUUAUUUGCUAAACAUUCUAGCAGUCAUGAUCAAACAGCAUAUUUCUUAUAAUUAGUUUGCUCGUGCAGCUAAAAAUUGUAACCUAAAAUAAUUGUAGCAUCAGUUUUAGGCCUAUAAAUUGAAAUGCAUUUAAAAAAUGUACCGCCUUGCAUUAGUUCACACAACACUAACACCCGACUUUUCCGAAAAUACAAGAAGCUCGUGCAUCGUGCCAUGUGGCUUGUAAGAGUUAAAAAAUGAAUAAUAUAUACAGUAAUGCAACGACAAUGAUGGAACCGGUUAUGGAAAAAAGAGAUUUUUUGAUUAGCUGUAACCUCCAGAAUUAUAUUGAAGCUCUCAAAAUGCGCAUAUGACAUCAGAAAAUCUUCGCUUACAACUUUUUUUCGAUACGCCCUAGUGUACAUAUUGAUAUGUAUUGAUUAUAACUAACUGUUUUCAA